GACACGUUAUCGCACACCCUUGUUGUACGUGUAACAGUGCAUGAAAACCCAAGUGUUGUAUACAUCCUUAUUCAAUUUCCCAUAUAUAAAACUCUUAACAACUUACUCAACGUUACCUAGCUUUAUUCCUUCACUAAGAGUUAAGAGUUGACAAAAUUGGGCAAAAAAUGUCUACUCAUCCACAAGUUCCCGGCGAGCCGACUAAGACCGGCACCACCGUGCUCGAGACUGCCACCGCCGCCGUUCAGAAGUUCGGCCCCAUUAACGUCAUCCACCAGCAUCUAUGCGCGUUCCACUUCUACGGACAUGACAUGACAAGACAAGUAGAAGCACACCACUUUUGCGGGCACCAAAACGAAGACAUGCGUCAAUGCCUUAUCUACGACGGCCCGGAGGCCGAUUCCCGCCUGAUCGGACUGGAGUACAUCAUAACUGAGAAACUCUUUAUGACGCUGCCCGAUAGCGAGAAGCGUCUCUGGCACUCUCACGAGUACGAAGUUAAGAGUGGGGUGCUCUUCUUACCUGGAGUCCCUGGACCUAUACAGCGUCAGGAUCUGGCUAAGGUAGCUCAAACUUAUGGGAAGACUAUCCAUUUUUGGCAAGUUGACCGUGGUGAUAAUCUUCCUUUAGGGUUGCCUCAAAUUAUGAUGGCUCUUACUCGUGAUGGACAACUCUAUACUCAUCUUGCUUCUGAUGUGGAGAAUAGGUACAAAAUGAACUUCGACAAGGAGAGAGAGAAUCGAGCAUACAUGAAAGGUCUAGAGCAUGGAAUCCAUCCCUUAGCAAACGCACAAGGGAAAGGCCUAUGGACCGAGCUGCGAGAGGUAGACUGUAAUGGUGGUGCUGGUGCUCACGCUCCGCCUAGAGUUUUUGUUUAACCACACUGCACACAUAAGUGGCCCGUUUCCGAGUACCGGUGAUCAUGGUACAAGUUUUAAGCUGCUAGUAAAUACCAACUUGGUGUAUCUACCAGGACUUGUCUUUUCGUUUGGUUUUGCGUUUUGCGUUUUUAUGUUUUGGUCUUGUAAUUAAACGUUUCAAAGUAAACAAAAACCAACAAAUCUUUUUCUUUCUUGUGAUAAAUGAUAAUAAUAAUGUACCAAUUGAGGUUGGCAUGAGUGGUUAAGGGUCUCUUGCUCCUUAACCAAAGUCUCGGGUUUG